UUUACGUCAUGUAAAUAUAUAUUAAGGUUGUUGGAUUUUUUUUUCAGUUGUUUUAUUUAAGUUAUUCUAUGGCUAAUAAAAGUGAAGUAAGUAAAACGGGGAGCGUUUCUAAAUUUCAAGCUUAUGAAAAAGUUGAUGAAACCCAGAAAAAUCUUAAGGACACGAUCAAAGCUAAAAUCAAUCGAAGAAAUCUCUCAGCUGCCCCUUUCUAUAUGAAUGGUGCAAUCCAGAUAAACAAUGCCAGCAAUGUGCAUUUGGGGAACAGUGUAUCCAUUGGAAAUAACCCAAACAUAGAAAUUCAAAAGCCCCUUGAGCCUAAACCAGAACCAUCUCCAGAACUAACAGCCUUGUUCGAAAAUGAGGAAGAAGUCACAAACCUUCAUAGGUUAGCUGUGGACAGUCACAUAGGCUCUGGUUGGAGGUUUCUUGGCCAGGAACUUGCAGGAUUCUCUAAUGGACAAAUGGAUCAGCUUGAGGAGCCUUUCAAGGCAAACCAUUAUGAAUUUAGAGAAGUAAUCUAUCAAUUGCUACUGAUGUGGGAAGGUCAUUGUCAAACCACCCCAACUGUUGGAAGGCUGGCUACAGCAUUAUGGAAAUGCAAAAUGUAUUCAGCUGUUGUAUCUCUUCUAGAGAGAGUUAAAGAUUCCCAGAACUAACAUUCCAACAGACACUUGUUUACUCUAAAGUUUUAUUUUUUCCAUUAUGGCAGCUAAACCCUUUAUACUAAAGUUGAUGGUUGUUACUUCUAUAUUUGUUUUAAUUUUUAAACAUUCUCAAGGUGCGUCCGUGGUGACUUACCCAGAAGUAUGCGUGGUAAAUUUGUUCGCACUGUUCAUUUUUGUUAUACUUACUUUUAUAUAAAAGACGAAUAAUACGUUGGGUACGUCGAUCUGACAUAAAAAUCUCCACAAAGGCACUUUUUUAUUUAUAUAAUUUCCAUUUAAGAACUAUGUAUAAGUCUCAUACUUCACUUUAAACGUGAAUUCGUCUUCAUAAUCUUCAGAAUUCUCUUUAUGCGAAUGACGAUUUCCAUCAAUGUAUAUAAUGCCAAUCAAUCCAUAAUAAUCUACUUGUGUCUCAAUAAUUUUAUCCAACCAUUGGAAGCAAAGUAAACUUCUUUUCAGCUGC